AUGGGGUGCUGCCUGUCGAAGCAGACCACGGACACGUCCCAGAAUGUCGCCCGCAACGCGUCGCAACGCGAGAUGGCGUGGAAAACCACCGGCAUCGUGGGCCUUCGCGACGCCCGCCUCACGUCCUUGCCAGCCAAGAUCUUCUCCGCGGACGUGGCUCCCAAGUGCCGCAACGUCGACGCGUCGAACAACAAGAUCGCGUCGCUGCCUCCGUCUAUCGGCACGCUCGUGAACCUGCAGAGGCUCACGCUCACCGCCAACGCGCUGGCCACGCUGCCGGAUGAGCUCGCGCAGUGCGUUAACCUGAGGGUGCUGGUCCUCGAUCGCAACGCCAUUUCCCGCGUUCCAGACUGCGUCCUCGCGUCGUUGACGAAGCUGCAGACGCUCUCGCUGGCUCACAACAAGCUCGCCGCGAUGCCGUCCGUGGCAUCGUUGGCCAAGCUGGAGAAGCUCAGCGUCGCGGGCAACGCGUUGACCUCGCUGCCGGACGGCGUCGGCCGAUGCGCGAUGCUCGAGGAGUUGGACGCCGGCGAUAACCCCGUGGACGCCAUCGACGCGUCCCUCGGAGCCCUCACGCGCCUACGGGUCCUCAACAUGGAGCGCACGCGCGUCUCCGCCGUGCCCCCCGAGGUGUUCAAAGGGUGCGUCUCGCUGGUCACCAUGUCCCUGCACGGGUGCCCGGUGGACGCCGACGCGAUUGAAGAGACGGAUGGGUUCGCGCAGUACGCGGAAAGGGUUCGGGAUAAGCACGGGAAGAAGAUCCACGGCGGCGCGAUGGUGGGGAGCCGGGGUUUGGACGACGGCGUGGACAGGGCGACGGGUGGGCGGAACAUAGCGCCUCACAGGUGA